AUGGUUUCGUGUUCUGAAAAAUAUGCCAACAAACAGCAUAUUGUCGCUGAUCGUCUACGAUUGACUUCAAGUCCAUUAAUACGUGCAUGUUUAGGCGAAUUCAUCGGUUCAAUUAUUUUGAUGAUCUUUGGUAGUGGUGUAUUGGCACAAGUGAUCCUAGGUGACCAUGGCAAACAUGCUCAUGGAACAUUCAUUUCAGUCAGUUUGGGAUGGGGUUUCGCAGUGUACAUGGCAGUAUUCUUCUCAGGACAAUGUGGUUCUGGACACUGUAAUCCAGCUGUAACAUUGGCAGCUGCAGUCGUCGGCAAACUACCAUUCAGACGUAUACCGUUUUAUACAUUCUUUCAAAUACUUGGUGCUUUCCUCGGUUCAUUAGUUGUCUUCGCCUUAUAUCGUGAAAAAAUCUUAGAAUAUGCCAAAUUGAAUGACAAUGGAGCGUUGUUGCUGAACACCACAGGUGGCAUAUUCGUGACCAAUCCGUCAGCAUCUCAUCUAACAUGUUUUCUUGAUCAGGUUAUGGGUACUGCGUUGUUGACAGCAGGAGCGUUCGCCAUCACCGAUCCAAAUGGAUGGAAAAUUCCAGAUUACUUACACCCACUACAUUUGGCAUUUCUGGUCUAUGCUAUUGUUGGCUGUUUCGCGUUGAAUGCUGGAGCUGCUUUAAAUCCAGCUCGUGAUUUAGGACCCAGACUCAUGAUAUUUAUAUUCGGUUGGGGUAACAAAGCAUUCAAUGGAGCAAAUUACUUCUUCUGGAUACCAAUAGUUGGACCGUAUAUUGGUGCUGUCAUCGGUGGAAUCUUAUACGAAUUGACUAUCGGUAUACAUUUGGAUAGGAAAUCUGAUUUCGUUGUGGAUGUUGAUUAUGAUGAUUCACAUCGUGAUGGUAAGACGUUGGUGGCCUAUUCAUCACCAUAA